GUGGCGAGCUCCCGUCGUCCCCAUCACCACAUCCGUCCUUUGUGCCUCACCCUUCGCACAGCAGCCCAAGUUCACUCGCUCGUUUUCCUGACUGCUCCUCCGGCCUAGCAACCCUUUUUCGUUGCAUUCACUCAUUUAUUUUCGCAAAUCCUGAAGACCAUUCCCACCAACUCAACAAAGAGUCAAAAAUGCGUUUCUCCGGCCUCGCCCUCGCGCUCGCCGCCGCCGGCCUCUCCGCCGCGUCGCCCACCCCGCAGGGGGCUUCCCAGCUCGAGUGCCCGAAGUGGGGCGGCGAUAUCGGCCGGUUCUACGACGGCAACGCGUGCUGCGUCUACGACUUUAACAUCCGCCACUGCUGUAACCUGAGCGGCGACAAGAGGCUCAACCAGGUCCCCUCGUGCAGCAGCGAGUGGUUCUCGAGCCGCGACAAGUUCUCGACGUACAGGAACUGCAACCUGGGCCGCGAGUCCGGCGCGGCCUGUGCCGGCGUCCCAAAGAUUGACCAGAAGUGGAACCUCUGAGCCGGCCCAGCAGACCCGAGGCUGCCUGUGAUGAGUGUCUUUUUUUCCCCCCGCCAUGCCGACUUCGGCCGUCAAAACAUUCUUGUCGACCCUUACAUGUUCGAGAUGCACAAGGAGAUGCAAAUAAUGUGGAAGGACAUUAAAGGAGCGCGACCUGACCAUGGUGGGCUAUGGGGAGAAACCCGCAGUUUGGAGUAACUCGUUUUUAUCAGGGUAGUUUACCGCAUCGAUGUAAUAUCAAACCCCCUACCAUGCGCUCGAUUUGGG